AUGUCAUUUGGUCACCCUAGAACAGAUACAUGUCAGUUAUGUGACAUGCUUAAAAAUCAAAUUGAUUUUGAAACUGAUGAAGGGAUAAAGUCAAAUUUGGUUAGUGAAAAAGCAUUACAUAUUGAAAAAGCUGAACUAUUUUAUGAAGAUUUAAAAAAAUAUCAAAUCAUAUCCAAAGUGUUGGAAAAUAAGUGUGAAGAGUUGGCAUUUGACUAUCAGCAAAACAUGCCUCUACCUCAUGCCCCAGCUGGUGAUGUGUUUUACCAACGCCAGCUCUGGGUAUAUAAUUUUUGUAUUUUUUCUGGCAGAACUGGUAAAUCUUAUUUUUACAUGGAUAACGAGACAGUAGGUAAAAAAGGGAAAAAUGAAGUAAUGAGUUUUAUAGAACACUUUUAUACCAAUAACUUGGAUCAAGGAGUUGAAACAAUUUACAUGUUUUCUGAUAAUUGCAGUGCACAGAACAAGAACCAUUUCCUAGUUCAAUAUUUAUAUACUGUGGCAAAAACAAAGAAACAUGGAAUUUCAAAAAUUAUUCAUCGUUAUUGUUGCGUCCCAACUGACGUCGAUAUAUACAUCAACGUGGAAAUGAAUACUUGA